AUGAAGGAUUUGAACAAUACGGAUCUGUUCGACCCGAGGACCACGGUGAUGGAGUCGGAGUUCGUCGGCACGGUCACGCCGUCGACCGACGCCGAUUUCGCCUUCGCCUUCAACGACAGUAACUUCUCCGACCGGUUGCUCCGGAUCGAGAUCAUGGGCGACACCCCCGAGUCCAGGCCCGAUUCCGAGGCCUGCACCAGUAUCGCCGAUUGGGCCCGCCACCGCAAGCGCCGGCGGGAGGAUUUCAAGAAGGACGCCGGCGUUGUGGAGCUCUCUGAAUGUCCGGAGGAGCAGAUCUUGAAUGACAAUCAACCUGAUAUGGAUGAUGAAGCCUGUGAAAACCAAGAUGAAGAUGCGGUUGCUAUGGUUGAAGAAUCACCUUCAGGAGAUGAGGGUGCAAACAGCGUUGACUCGGACUGGGGAAUGGAUUGUUCUACAGUUGUGAGAAUCAAAACAUUACACAUCAGUUCUCCAAUUCUGGCAGCAAAGAGUCCGUUUUUCUAUAAGCUCUUUUCAAAUGGGAUGAGGGAAUCUGAACAGCGACACGUGACCUUGAGAAUCAAUGCCUCAGAAGAAGCUGCCCUGAUGGAGCUCCUUAAUUUCAUGUACAGUAGUACCUUAAACACGACCACAGCUCCUGGGUUGCUUGAUGUGCUGAUGGCUGCUGACAAGUUUGAGGUUGCUUCGUGCAUGAGACAUUGCAGCCGGCUGUUGCGGAAUAUUCCCAUGACACCGGAGUCUGCUUUGCUUUAUCUAGAGCUUCCUUCCAGUGUCCUAAUGGCUGAAGCAGUCCAGGCAUUGACUGAUGCAGCAAAGCAGUACCUUGCUGCUCGUUAUAAGGACAUAAGCAAGUUUAUAGAUGAGGUGAUGGCCUUACCCCUAGCUGGAAUCGAGGCAAUUGUUUCGAGUGAUGAUCUCCAAGUUGCAUCAGAGGAUGCUGUAUAUGACUUUGUCUUGAAAUGGUCGAGGACUCACUACCCAAAACUGGAGGAAAGGCGAGAAAUCUUGGGUUCUCGACUUGCACGCUACAUUCGCUUCCCUUACAUGACUUGUCGAAAGCUAAAGAAAGUCUUGACAUGUAAUGAUUUUGACCAUGAAGCUGCAUCCAAGCUUGUGCUUGAGGCUCUCUUCUUCAAGGCUGAGGCCCCACAUCGGCAGCGAAUCCUUGCAGCAGAGGAGUCUGCUACCCUGAAUCGACGCUUUGUGGAACGGGCAUACAAGUAUCGCCCGGUUAAGGUGGUGGAAUUUGACCUUCCCAGGCAGCAGUGUGUGGUGUACCUGGACCUGAAGCGCGAGGAGUGUGCAAAUUUAUUCCCAUCUGGACGGGUGUAUUCACAGGCAUUCCACUUGGGUGGACAAGGGUUCUUCCUCUCUGCGCAUUGCAACAUGGACCAGCAGAGUUCUUUCCAUUGUUUUGGGCUGUUUUUGGGGAUGCAGGAGAAGGGGUCAGUGAGUUUUGCAGUGGACUACGAGUUUGCGGCAAGAUCAAAGCCAACGGAGGAAUUUAUUAGCAAAUACAAAGGCAACUACACUUUUACUGGGGGAAAGGCGGUUGGCUACAGAAACUUAUUUGCCAUACCAUGGAAUAACUUCAUUGCUGAUGAUAGUCUCUACUUCAUCAAUGGUGUACUCCAUCUUAGAGCGGAGCUUACUAUCAGGCACUGACUUCUCCACCAUGCUUGUUGAGUCCAAUUAGUUUGAUUUUCUAUUCCAAUGAGUACGGCUGACCAUUUUCCUUUUGCUUGCUUGUUGUCUUUGCUUGUACCCGCCUUUUCCUUCUAACUUGGAGAAGGCACUGUAAUAACUGAACAGAAUGACUCCGUGCGAGCCUUAAAUAUGAUUAGAAGUAUUUGCUUCUCAGUCCA